AUGUUAAAGAUACGAGAUGAUGAUGCUGAAGACAACAGUUUAAAGCAAGAAUCACAACUUGAUUACGUAAGCUAUGAAUCAGAGUUGCAAAUGCCUGAUAUUAUUGAACUUAUAACCAAAGAUUUAUCUGAGCCGUACUCCAUUUAUACAUACCGUUACUUUCUACAUAAUUGGCCUCGUUUGGCUUACUUGGCUAUGGUGGAUUCCAAAUGUGUAGGAGCGGUCGUUUCCAAGUUAGAUAUGCAUAAGAAAACUAUUCGACGUGGCUAUAUUGCCAUGCUUGCUGUAGAAAAAGAUUACAGAAAGCGAGGAAUUGGAUCAGAAUUAGUUAGUCUAACAAUUGAACAAAUGAUAAAAGAAGGAUGCGAUGAGGUUGUCUUGGAAACUGAAUUAUCAAAUAAACCAGCUUUAGCACUAUAUGAAAAUCUAGGAUUUGUUCGAGAUAAACGCCUCUUUCGUUAUUAUCUAAAUGGUAGGGAUGCCUUUCGUCUAAAACUGUGGUUGAACUAA